AUGUCAAAGAAAUGGUUAUUUUUCUUGAUAAUCUCUGUCCUGACAACCUUUGCCAAUACAAAGCGAGUUUGUGAGAGUGGCUGGAUUCCAUAUGGUGACCAUUGCUACUAUUUUUCUAUGACAUCAGCAACGUUAAAGGAUGCAGUUGUGAACAAAAUGUUAUGGAAUGAGUUCAACUUUAGUGGAACCGAAUGCAGUUGCAGAGCAAAGAUGAAUGAUCGUCCAGGGUGUAGUAAGAGCAUUAAAAACCUAUGGAUAUGCGUCACCGAUUUGCUUCAGAACCACAGUUUUGUUUAUAUUUCUAACGGUUAUAAUGUUCAAGAAGAUGACAAUAACUGGGAUAAAGGACAGCCUGACCCUGACAACACAGAACACUGCGUUGCCCUCCCUGCUGGGUACAAAGGAUGGCAUGAUUAUCCCUGCGAUUCGAUGUUUCAUUUUGUGUGUAAGAGACGGAAAAUUUAA